AGUGGCCUAAGUUUUAUUUUAUAGUGUCGGUUAGACAAUCGAGUAUCAAAUUUAGUUUGAAGAAGUUUUACUAAAUAAAAGAUUAAACAUAUACAAUGUGGGAUUAGCGUGUAGUUUGGUUCUUUCCUUUUGUUUUUUGUUUUCUUUUUCUAGAAGAAGACAAAUUCCAAUAAUUGAAUAGUGGAAGGAAGUUAUCUACACAACUCAUUUGGUUUGGUCCACAAGCUUCACUUUAGGGAAUUCGUCUUGACUUUUGACUAUUCCUUGUCCCGCAAGUAUAUUCCUCUUCUUGUUAUAUCCUUCAAGCAACCUUUUUUAUCAUUUCACAUCUUUCUUCUUCCUUUUUUUUGUGUGUGGUUAAGGUCUCAUCGAUCAACGGAUAAGAUGAAGCGUGAAGGCAAACAACACGGUAUGGUGAGGACUUACCGGAUUCUGCCUCCGUCGCUGAAUCCAAGGCCGGAAUCGAAGUUGGUCAACCCUUUGACUUCACGGCCAACCGCUGGAUUAUUUACCAAAGUGACAUCAAAGCCGACCAAUCACUCGAAAUUCACCGGGAAAUGUGGUCAAGCAAGGUGCCUUGACUGCCAUAUGCACCCGGUCACCAAAUCUAAAGCCAAGACUAAAGGCUCUUCAAAGGUGAGAACAAAUGAUGUCACCUAUAAGAUGCUGACUUGGCAGGUCGCUGCCGGUGGGCCUAGACCCGGUUUGAAGCUUUCCGGGUUCUCGGCUACCGGAAUACUUGAUCUUAUGUCUGAUGAUUAUGGUUAUGAUCAUGAUUAUGAUUAUGAUGAAGAAAAUGAAGAAGAAGAAAACAGAGGGAGUGUUGUAGAAGAAGUUGUGAAUAUACAGAGUAGUGAUGAUGGUGGUGAAACAGAAGAAGAAGGGUCAAAUGAUGAUGAUGAUGAUACAGAUGAUGAUGGAAGGAUGAGUUUUUGUGAUGUGGGGAUGAUGAUGAUGAUGGAUCAUGUGGAAGAAUAUGAUGAAGGAUGGUAUUUGGUUGAAGAAAUGAUGACUUAACUGAUCUCUCUGAUUAUCCCCCAAUAAUUGUCUUUCCUUUUGCUUUUGUAAAUUUUAUCAUUUUUAAUAACUUGGGGGAAUGAAUGAUUAUUUCUAUGUAAAUGUGAUUUGAUUCUUAAAUCAAAAACUAUGAUUUAUAAUUGUAAUUUAUGUAAAGUUGAAACCUUUUCUCAACAACUCAUUCCCACUCCAAAUCAGAACAGAGGUUCAACUACUACUAUUUAUCAUUCUUAAUAACUUGUGUUAGUGUGAUUUGAUUCUUAAAUCUUGUUUUAUAAAUGAAAUUAAUGUAAAGUUGAUACCUUUUUCCA